AUGCCGUAUCUCGAUACACCUGUCGAUUCACCGACGGUCUCUGACCUAGACUCAAAUGCUUUUGAGAAGCUUGUGCGAGACCUUAGUGCCGUCUUAGGGCCGAGCUCAGGUCUGGAUUCGGACGAUGUUGACCCGAUGGUGAUACAGAAACUGAUGGAGAAAUAUAUUUCCAAUGAAUCAGAAUGGGGUUCAUUCGCUCUUGGGGACGCGAGCAGAGCGUAUACGCGAAACCUCAUAGAUGAGGGAAAUGGCAAGAGCAAUCUGCUCAUUCUGGUCUGGACCCCCGGGAAGGGAAGUGCGAUUCACGAUCAUGCUAAUGCACACUGCGUGAUGAAGCUCGGUCUCCACCGCGUCUACAACCCCGACCCAGGCAAUGUUGCUAUCUCUCUACAUCUUUACACACCACCCAGUGCUUCGAUCCACGGUUGCGGUCUCUAUGAUGAGAAAACCGGAAGGUCAAAUCACAUCAAGAUGUCCAACUUUUACUCUAUUCGCGGCAAACGCCCGAGCGAAGUUGCAAAUCAAUAA